AUGUCUAAACCGACCUUGGCUGCGAGCAAGCCAAACCCACCUGAUACCGGAACGGAUGAGAGAGAUAAGGAGGGCCGGACGCCGCUAUUGCGGGCCGCUAAGAUGGGGAAUGAGGCUGCCGUCAAGCUCUUACUCGAAACGGAAGAGGUUGAUAUUAAUACGAAGGACAACCUUAGCCGAACGCCGCUAUCGUGGGCCGCUGGGGAUGGGCACGAGGCCGUUGUCAAGCUCUUACUCGAAACGGAUGAGGUUGAUAUUAAUACGAAGGACCACCUUAGCCGAACGCCGCUAUCAUGGGCCGCUAGAGGUGGGCACGAGGCCGUCGUCAAGCUCUUACUCGAAACGGAUAAGGUUGAUAUUGAUACGAGAGAUAAUUACAAUAGCCGGACACCGCUGUUGUUGGCCGCCAGGGUGGGGAACGAGACCGUCGUCAAGCUCUUAUGCGUACCUGCCUUCUCUUACAUCUUACUCGAAACGGAUGGGGUUGAUAUUAAUACGAGAGAUAAUAAUGGCCGGACGCCGCUAUCGUGGGCCGCCGGGAAUGGGUACAAGGCCGUCGUCAAACUCUUACUCGGAACGGAUGAGGUUGAUAUUAAUACGGGGGAUAAAAAUGGCUGGACGCCGCUAUCGUGGGCCGUCCGGGGUAGGCACGAGGCCGUCAUCAAGCUGCUCAAGUUAGCAAAGUAG